AGAGACAGCAAAACUGUCCAUCUUUCUCUAUUUAAAGACACCAGCCAUUCUGCUGUAACUGACUCUUCAUCAUGAAACUGCCUGCUCUUCUCUUGAUUUUGUUUUGCUUUCUGGACCUGCUGUGUACAGUAAAAGCUGAUAUGAAAGACACCUAUUUUUGCUUUCUCAAGAGAGGCAAAUGCAGACACGUGUGCAAAGGUGGUGAAAGGGAAGCUGGAUUCUGCACAAAGCUGAAAGCUAAUUGCUGCAUGUUUGCACCUGAAAUGAAAGCCCUCUAUCCUGAAGAUCAAAGCACAGUGAGUAUCAAGAUUAGUAACAAACAAAACUGGGUUAUCAAGCCCUCCCACACAGUCCAUGUUGUUCCUUUCAUUAAAUGGUGUUGCUGGAGAAUACUCUCGUUUCCGAGAGUCUGA